AUGGAAGAAUCAGCACAAAAUCUUGAGCAUGGAAAGAUAGAAUUAGUAGAAAGAGUAGCACCACCACCACCUAGAAACCUAGUGCUAACAGUGGAGGAGGUGGUAGAGGAGUACGUAGGAUCCUUCGGGUGGUCACAGUUAAUACAUGUGUUCUUGGUUUCCCUAGCAUGGGUAUUUGAUUCACAGAACACAUUGGUUACCAUCUUCAGUGAUGCCCAACCAACAGCUUGGAGAUGCAUAAAUAACUCAUCGUCGUCUUUGUGCAUGUCUAGUAGCAGCAAAGGUGACGUUUCGUCUGUUUGCGGACUCAUGCCAGGCACUUGGGAAUGGGUUGGUGGCCAUCAAAGUUCCACUAUCGCUGAAUGGGGUCUGAUUUGUGACCGCAAGUUCCUUGCUGCUAUACCUGCGUCACUGUUCUUUAUUGGUUCUCUUUUAGGUUCUGCAUUUUUUGGCUACUUAGCAGACGCAUCACUCGGCCGAAAAAGAACAGUGCUACUCUCAUGUAUCUCAUCCUCUGUCACUGGUUUUCUCACAUCCCUCUCACCGAACAUUUGGAUAUACGCGUUGCUUCGAUUCGCAAAUGGUUUUUCUCGAUCUGGAAUAGCAAUUUGUUGCAUUGUUCUAGCUACAGAAGUUGUCGGACGCAAAUGGCGCGGUCCUGUUAGCCAAUACGGCUUCUUUCUCUUCACUGCAGGAUUUUUUUCCCUCCCUUUAAUUGCCUAUCCUACAAGAAAUAAUUGGAGGGUUUUAUACAAAAUCAUAUCACUUCUCCCACUAGCCUACUCUGCCUUGUUCUUCCCUUUUAUCUCAGAAUCUCCGCGCUGGCUUCUCGUUCGGGGAAGGAGCAAAGAAGCUCUCGAUGUCUUGAAAAAAUUCGCCAGGCUCAAUGGCAGGACACUGCCUGAAAAUCUGUGUCUUGCAAAUCCAUCAGCACCUAAUGAGAGUGGCGAAAAUGAAGCGUCGACAAAAACAUGCACAAAAGAAAGCCUGUGGAGGACAAAAUGGGCUGCUAAAAGAAUGAUCACAGUCAUGGUAGCAGGUUUUGGAGUUGGUUUUGUUUACUACGGUGUUCAACUGAACGUUGAGAACCUGAAUUUCAACCUUUAUUUCUCUGUUGGGCUCAAUGCAUUGAUGGAAAUUCCUGCUAUCGUCUUUGGUACUAUCCUAUUAGGCCUCACUACCCGGCGACUCCUCUUCUCGCUAUCUGCUUUUCUGGCUGGAAUUUCAUGCCUUCUCUGCAUCAUCUUCGCUCAUGGAAAACGCGCAAAGACGGGUGAUAAAUCCAGUGCUGGGAGCUGGGUUCAACUGGCUAUUGAAGGAAUUGGUUUCAUGGCUGCUUCAAUAGCAUUUGAUGUCUUGUAUAUUUAUUGUGUUGAGCUAUUCCCAACCAACGUGAGAAACUUUGCUCUGUCACAAUCAAGACAAUCCUUGAUGUUGGGUGCUUCUAUAGCACCUUUGCUAGUUGCUGCUGGUCGCUUAAGCCCAUCUCUUUCUUUCAUCAUAUUUGGGGUCCUCUCCAUUUUUAGUGGAGCUAUAAGUUUGUGGCUGCCUGAGACAAAAAAUGCUCCUCUUUAUGAGACUUUGAAGCAACAAGAAGAAGAGGAGAAACACAAAGUUGUCGAUCGAAGUAAUAUUAAUCAGGCAUAG